UGCAUUAUAAUAUUUAGUAACAUUUUACUAAUACUAAAAUAACAAUCUCCAUGCACCCUCUCUUCUCUAUAAAUACGCACCUUUGCCUCCACUUACUCUCGUUCAAACAUUUCUUCAUCUUUCAGAUACAAAAAAAUAAUAAUAAUAACUCCCUACCAAAAAAUAUCCUUAUCUUCAAACCAAGAAUGGGAGAGUUUCAAGAAGGUGCCAAAGUUGAACAAGAGAAGAAGCCGGCAGCCACCGCAGUCUCAGCUGAGACUACCGACGGCAAGCCAAAGAGCGGUGGAGGAGAUUCAGUGGCAGCUCCGGCAGCUGCUGCGGUGGUUUCUGCCUUUGUUUACAAAGUGGAUAUGCACUGCGAAGGCUGCGCUAAGAAGAUUAAGAGAAUGGUGAAGCACUUUGAUGGAGUCAAAGAUGUGACGGCGGAUACUGGUGGGAAUAAGCUUACGGUGGUCGGUAAGAUUGACCCGGUGAAACUCCGGGAGAAGUUGGAGGAGAAAACUAAGAGAAAGGUGGUUCUCGCCAAUCCACCGCCACCGAAGGUAGACGUACCUGUGGCCGCCGCAGCUGGAGAGAAGAAAGCCGACGGUGGAGAUAAGGCAGCGACUCCUCCUCCUCCUGCUGCUCCGGCAGCUCCAAAAGAGAACUCGGUGGCUUUAAAGAUCAGACUACAUUGCGAAGGAUGUAUUCAGAAAAUCAAGAAAAUAAUAUUGAAAAUCAAAGGAGUCGAAACAGUGGCUGUUGACGGAGCCAAAGAUGUGGUGACGGUGAAAGGAACGAUGGACGUUAAAGAACUAGUGCCUCUCCUCACUAAGAAGCUCAAAAGAACCGUUGAGCCUAUUGUUCCCGCCAAAAAAGAUGACGGAGCCGCCGAUAAAAAGAAGACGGAAGCCGCCGCUCCAGAAGCAAAGAAAGAGGCUCCUCCUGCCGCCGGAGUGAACGAAGCAAAGAAGGAAGGAACUGACGGCGGAGAGAAGAAAAAAGAGGCCGGAGACGGUGGAGAGAAGAAAAAAGAGGCCGGAGACGGCGGUGAGAAGAAGAAAGAGGCCGGAGACGGCGGUGAGAAGAAGAAAGAAGCCGUAGAUGGUGAAGAAAAGAAGGAAGCUGGCGGAGGAGGAGUUGCACCGCCGCCGGUGGCGAUGGUGAAUAAAAUGGAUUACUAUGGAUACUCAUCAUAUCCGACGGCUCCGGUGUAUUGGCAAGAAGGACACGUGUACGGUCAGAGUUAUUCCAUGGCAGGUCAGGGUUAUCCGAUGGCGGGUCAGGGUUAUCCCAUGGCAGGUCAGGCUUAUCCAGGUUCAGGAUACAAUUACGUAAGUGAGAGUUACGUGCCGUACUCGCAGCCAAACAUGAACGCUCCUGGGAUGUUCAGCGACGAGAACCCAAACGGCUGCUCCGUUAUGUAAUCAUGGGGUCGAAAUUGUAAGUAUAAGAAACUCUAAGGGUUUAAAAGAUAAAUGAGGGAGCACAAAGUAGCAAUUUAGGUAGAAAUUUUGAAAGUCUGAGUCUGAGCCAGCGGGUUCUGACGUGUAACAUUGUUCCUUUGAUUAGUUAGUUCUUUUAAUGUAAUAAUUAAUUUAUGGUUUUACUUUAAUUGUAGUGUUAGCAAAAAAAUAACACUAAUAAUGUUAAAUGAUGAAAAAGGAGUAUAAUUAUCUUUGAA